AAGAGAAAGAGAGAGAGAAGAGAAGGACGAAGAGAUUGUUAAAGAAAUAGAGAAACUAAGGCAAGGGAGUGAAAGAUGAAGAGGGAAAGAAGUAAAAACCAAGAAGGAAGAAGGGAAAGAAAAGCGUUAAAGAAAGGGAUGUAGGGAGAGAACUAAUAAGGAGAUGGAGAUGAAGAAAGAAAGAAGAUUAAAAUAGAGAAAAGAGGAAGGAACGAACAGAAGUAGUGAAUAUAGUGGUAAACAUGAGAGAUGGGAAAAGGAGGGAGAGAUGGAGAGGAUGAGAAAAAGAAUGAGGAAAAUACAGAAAGGAAAAGCAAUGAGGAAGGAGAGCGGAAGAAUAUGGUGACUGGGAAGGAAGGAAAGAGACUGAAAGAGAAAAGAAAAAUAGAGGGGAAGGGAGAAAAAAGGGAAGAUAGAAAAUGAGAAGAUCGGGGAAGAGAAAAAGGGAUAAGGGGGGAAUAGAGGGAGCAGGGAUGAUAAAGGGAGAAAGAGCUAAUCAAGAUGGAGGAACAGAGGAAAAGGAAGACGGAAAGACAAAGGGGUAGAGGGGAUGACAGAAGGUGGGAAAAGGAAAGAGAAAUCGAAGGAAGGAGAUGGAGAAGAAGAAAGAGGGAAAUAAAAAGAAGGAUAAAGAGGAAAGAGAGAUGGAGUGAGAGUAUGGGGAAAGAGGAAUGAGGGUUAGAGAGAGAAGGAGGAAAGAGAGUGAAAAAGAGAGAGAGGGAGAGAGAAUGACUGAGAGAGAGAGAGGGAGCAGGGGAACACAGGAGGAGGGAUGUGUGGGAGGAGCGUUCAACCCACUUGGGUUCAUCAGGAGAAGAAAAUUUGUCACCUCUCAUUCAUUCACAAGUAAAUGUGAGAGAGAGACAGACAGACAGACAGGCAGGCAGACAGACUGAAAGAGAGAGAGAAACAUGAGAUAGAAAGAUAGACGGAAAGAGAGAGACACACACAGAGAGAGAAAUAGAGAGGAGAGAUACAGAUGGAGAGAGUGCAACAGAGAGAUUGAAAGAUAGAGAGAGAGACAGACAGACAGACAGAGAGAGUGGAUUAUUUUUGAGGACGGUGCCAACAUGGGAGCGGUGGUGGGCAUGCUGACCAUGCAGACCAAACAGAGACAGACCACCAGAGAUAAAGUGGAUGAUGAGUUGGAGAUGACCAUGGUGUGUCAUCGACCUGAAGGACUCGAUCAGCUGGAGGCGCAAACUAAUUUCACCAAGCAGGAGCUACAAGUCCUUUACCGUGGCUUUAAAAACGAGUGUCCGAGUGGAGUAGUGAAUGAGGAGACGUUUAAGCACAUCUAUGCUCAGUUCUUCCCUCAUGGAGAUGCCACCACGUAUGCGCACUACCUGUUUAAUGCUUUUGACACUGCGAAUAAUGGCUCCAUAAAGUUUGAGGAGUUUGUGAUGGGUCUGUCCAUUCUCCUGAGGGGAUCAGUCCAAGAGAAACUGGAGUGGACUUUUCAUCUGUAUGACAUCAAUCGAGAUGGAUGCAUCAGCAAAGAAGAGAUGACGGAGAUUGUGCAUGCCAUUUACGAUAUGAUGGGGAAGUACACGUAUCCUGCUCUGAAAGGAGACGUCCCCAAGCAGCAUGUGGAUGCCUUCUUCCAGAAAAUGGACAAGAACAAAGAUGGUGUUGUGACAUUGGAAGAGUUUAUCCUAGCAUGCCAGGAAGAUGAAACCAUGAUGAGAUCCAUGCAGCUCUUCGAAAACGUGAUGUAAAGCUCAGAGAGAGCAAGAGAGAUUGUGUAUGUGUGAAAGAGAAAACCAUAGAGAUGGAGGAAAAUAAAAUAUUUAAAUAUUUGCACAUGCUUUCUAAAAUGUUUACAUGUGAGCAUAGCUUAUGUGUAUGGAUCAACACUAUCACAGCGAGCAGCCUAUUAAGAUUAUGUACUGUAUCAAACUCUGAAAGAAGGCUGAUGAUCAGACGGACACCAUGGACUCCCUCCUUCCCUGAGAAAAAGAAGGAUAGCGAGCAUAUGAACCCCUAAUUCUCUCUACCGUUCUACAACUUAGCCAUAUGCUAACAAAGUGGGCACUUCAAACUUGGUGGAAAGUUUCUUUCUUAAAUGCUCAGACGUCUCCUAGCGUCACCUGCUUUUCACGUUAUAAACUCUUCAAAGUGUUACAAAUCAAACAGCAAACGUGAACUUGUACUGUAAAGGCCACAUUCAGGCUUUUGGCGCUAUGACUCGAGGACUCCAUCUAUCUGUGAAGGAGCUGAAUUGCAUCUAAAACACAGUGAUGUACUGUUUGCUGAGAGUUAUGCAUGUUUUAACCUUCAGCUACUUGAAUGUUGGCCGAUGUAAUAUAAUAUAUACAAGCCUCAUAUGUUUAUUUAUGCAUUAAAUGGUUAAAUGUUUUCAUUAUUGCAUUUGGAAUCUGUAGAAAAUGUUUGGAUGUCUUGCCUUGUUGUGUAUUUAUCGCAUUGCUUAUGGUUAUUCCAGUUUGUUUUCAGUUUGUCCUGUUAUGUGUCUGUCCUCUCAAUGACCCCAUACCAUUCAUGCUAAAUCUCUCUCUGUGUGUGUGUGUGUGUGUGUGUGUAUGUUUGUGUGUGUAUGAAGGUAAAGUGUUAUCAUCAGUUUCACCUAAUGACAAUCCAGCUCAGUAUUUUUUCAUUCAUUUUCAUCAAAGACAAAAAAUGUGCAUAAAUUAUUUUAUGUAUAUCAUUAUUAAUAAAUCAUAACAGAAAGGAAAAUAGCCACACAAGGAGAUAUAUAGUGAGACCGACGGAUCUGAAGAACCUCCUAAUGCUGUGUAAUGCUCCGUCUUACUUAGAUAUUGGAAUAAAAAAUUUGUGAACAUCUUUAAAA